CAACGUCUUUCCCUCGGCGACCUCAGACCAAAUCGUUUCGUCUUGUGAUUCAGCUGUUUCCCGCCCUUCUAACGCGCUAUACAAAGGUGUGUGUCCGACGCCCGCUGGCUCCGCGAAGGUCAAGUCUGAGUUCGCUAUAAAGGCGAGGAGGACCCGCAGUCCAGCAUCACAGUCUCUUCGUCUCUCCUCCGCGACAACAUGUUCACUAAGGGCGUCCUCGUGCUUGCUUUGGUGGCAGUGGCUCUCGCUGCCCCUUCGGACCCAUAUCAUCAGCCGGCCUAUAAGGAGGAGCCGAAGCCGUACCAGUUCGCCUACGGAGUCAAGGAUGAAUACGCCGGCACCGACUUCGGUCAGAGCGAAGAGUCCGACGGCAAAGCUGUCAAGGGAUCCUACACUGUCCAGCUCCCCGACGGCCGCAAGCAAACGGUGAACUACGUGGCCGACCAUUACAACGGCUACCAGGCUGAAGUCAGCUACUACGGCGAGGCUCAGUACCCCCACGAGUACGGUCCCCCCGUCACCUUCAAGCCCCAGGCCUACCAUCCCCAGCCUUCAUAUCACUAAAGCCAAUAUAAUUUAUAUAUAAACAAUAUUCAAUGUACGACAUAACAUUAAAGAUAUGAAUAAAACAAUCAGUUUAUUA